UUGCAGCCUGCAGCCUUCACUCUCAGAGGCAGGGAGUGCUUGGAAGCUCCCCUUCCCCAGACACACCAUGGCUGCCCGGACGGUCCCUCACGCCUACCCCAUGAGUUCAGAGUAUGAGUUUGCCAACCCAAGCAAGAUUUAUGACCAGAACUUUGGAGAAGGUGUGUCCCCGUGUGAGAUUCUAGCCCCUGCCCUGUACCACGGCUACUACAUCAGGCCUCGCAUCAACAAGCAGCUGGAUCGGGGCACCUCUGAGAUCAGCCUCAACGAGCACAAGUUCCAGGUGUUCCUGGAUGUCUGCCACUUCCUGCCGGAUGAGCUGAGCGUCCGCACCGUGGACAACCUGCUGGAGGUGAUGGGGCAGCACCCCCAGAAGGCUGAUCGCCACGGCUUCAUCUCCAGAGAGUUCACCAGGACGUACAUCCUCCCUCUGGAUGUUGACCCCUUGCUGGUGAGAGCCACCUUGUCCCACGAUGGCAUCUUAAGCAUCGUGGCUCCUCGGACGGGGAAGGAGGUGAAGGCCAGAGUCAACGAGGUGAAGAUAACCCAACAGGAGCAGCCAGUGGGGAAAGAAGAAGAGUCUGAGGAAGGAAAACGGAAAGAAGAGUCCUAAAGGCCCCAGAUCUGGGCUUGAGCAGGGAGGGAGGGGGGAUGAGGAUGGGGAACCCAUGGUGCCAGACCCCUCUUUCUCACCAUCAGUAUUCAGCAGCCAUAUGUAUGCUCGACUUCUGCUUCUUAAGGCUGAUGGCUGGAAAAAGGGAGUUGGAACUGAAAAAAGAGGGGGGACUAAAGUCUGUAAUGCAAGUUUUCUGCCAGGUCAAGUGCUUGCUCCUUGAGCACCAUGCAGGGUGCUCUUCACACCCCCCAAAUG